GGAUCGCUGGAUUCCUAACUCGGCGGCCGAGGGGUCUGCGAUCGUCCCGGCAGGGCGGAACCCAUUUGCAGUGAAGCGGAGACAGCGGCGGCAGGGCCUGAAAGCGUGAGGGUGAUCGGUGAUCGGCGGUAGGGAGCUGCCGGCAUCGGAAAUGUGCGCUGCGGCGGGGAGGUGCUCGGGCCCGCGGCAGCGAGCUCUGGUCUGCGCCGUCCUGCUGGCGGCAUGGGAGGCGGCAUGGGGGCAGCUCCGCUACUCGGUGCCAGAGGAGAUGCCCAAGGGCUCGUUCGUGGGCGACGUGGUCAAGGACCUGGGGCUGCAGCUGCCGGCGCUCCGAGAUCGCGGCGUCCACAUUACAGAAAGAGGUAGGACCCAAUACUUCUCUCUGCACGGGAGGACAGGGCAUUUAUUGACAGCGGAGAGGAUCGACAGAGAGCAGCUGUGCGAGGAUGUGCAGAUAUGCGUGCUGCGCUGUGAGCUGGUAGUAGAAGGAGAAAUGAAGUUUUAUGAAAUACAAGUGGAAAUUACAGAUAUUAACGACAACACACCCACCUUCAGAGAGGCAGAAACAGAGCUGAGAAUGAGCGAGACGACAGCCCCGGGGUCGCGGUUUCCCCUUGCCAGGGCUCAAGAUCCGGAUUCUGGCCGGAAUUCUCUACAGAGCUACGAGCUGAGCGGUGACGAGCACUUCUCGCUGGCCAUGCAGGCGGGCCCCAGCGGAGAUCAGCGUCCCGAGCUUGUGCUGGCGAAGGCGCUGGACCGGGAGGAGGCGGCGUUUCACGAGCUGGUGCUGAGGGCGAGCGACGGCGGCGAUCCGGCACGGACGGGCACGGUUCGGAUCCGCGUGACCGUGGUGGACGCGAACGACAACGCGCCCGUGUUCAGCCAGGCGGAGUACACGGUGCGUGUGCCCGAGGACGUGCCCGUAGGCUCCACCCUUGUCACAGUUACUGCCACGGACGCCGACGAGGGUCUGAACGGGAAACUGAAAUAUUCAUAUCAGAUGGUUUCUCUGAAAGCGUCGGAGAUGUUCCACCUAGACGCCGAAACAGGAGCUAUCACUUUGACGCAUAACUUAGACUUCGAGGAAGGUACCUCCUAUGAACUGGAGGUACACGUUCGAGACGGCGGGGACCUUUCCGACAUAGCGAAAGUCGUGAUCACUGUGACAGACAUCAACGACAACGCACCCGAAGUUUCCGUACGGUGGGCACUAAGCGAAAUCUCGGAGGACGCCCCCUCGGGAACUGUGGUAGCCCUUCUGUACGUGCAGGACUCUGACUCGGAGGCUAACGGCGAGGUACGCUGCGCCAUCGACAAGACGUUCCGUUCCGGCUGCAGAGCUCUCACGGCAGCUAUUACAGCGUGGUGACAGCGAGAGAGCUGGACCGGGAGCAGGUGUCGGAGUACAACGUGACGGUGCGGGCGGCCGACGGCGGGUCGCCGGCGCUGCAGAGCAGCGCGGUGCUGGCGCUGCGGGUGCUGGACG